AUGGCUAUGUGCUAUGGAAAAGCGGAUCAUAUGACGGGGAUGAAAUGGGGAAUUUUGGUACGUAUGAUUAUUUCAGCAUCCGAUUUUCACUUGAGCCGACCUAAUACAAUCAGCUUAGAGUCGCAAAAUGGCCAAUCUGCCCCGGAGACGAUACUCGAAGCGUCUGCUCGUGAUAUAUCAGCCGCAGCUACCUCCUCCAAUCAUCCUGAUUACCCCGAGGAGGUCGCACUCUAUCCUUCCUCUCGAGGUAGCAGUAGCUCUUCUGUAACUGGUCUGGAUGGGCCUGGGACGUCAAGGGUCUUCGAUGUCUUUCAGGACGAUCCAGCCGAAGAAGAACGCGAAAAUGAGCAUGUGCAGUCUAGUGUAAGAGGCAAGAAGCGAACCCUAGAGGGACCAUGUUCUCCACGAAAACGACCCCAGACCGGCUAUUUGAACACUGCAGAUUCGGAAAUUGCGACGACAAGAAGACGCAGUCCAAAAGAUGAACGCCCAUUACAAGAUGAAGAAAGUCAUUCACACAAGCAAUCCAGCAUAAGGGACUCAAUACGAUACCUGAAGCAAUUCUACAGUUUGGCCAGCGCUGAAGCUCAAUUCUCGGAUGAUUUGGUCGAUGGCGAUAUCUACAAGGAAAGUCUCGUCGUGGUUCAGAACGCAAUCAAAUUUCUCUAA